CAAAUCACUUGCUUUAACCGGACCAAUAAACUAAACUAGGUUGACAAGGGUUAAUAGGUAUUUAAUAUCCACUUUUCCAUUUUUAAGACUAAAGCUCCGAGAUGGUUUAAUGCUACCAAGUACCAAGUACCAACCGAGGAACAAAGAAUUUUUUGCUGAAUUAGCAUUCCAAGCCCAGCCCAAUAGCCCUCCGUGUAAUCCAGGAAGGAUAGGACUCAUAGGAGAUUCUAUUAGGAUGAAAUGGCACCUCAUUCAGGAACUUGUCAUUCUCUCAUUGGGUGAAAGUAGAAGGGCGCUUUGUUCAUUAUAAAAAUAUAUAUAUUAAUUUAAAAGGACAGCUUGGUAAAACCAACGGCCCCACCCGAUCAUCUCCUAGCCAACAACAAUGAAGAAAGAGAUCAGUUUGGAUAUGAGAAUCAGAUAAAAGGAUAAGCCCCCAAAUCACUCCACCGUCCGAUCAACAAUAUCUCUCCCAAUCGACGGCCCCCUGUUAAUCACCAACCUCAGCCACAAGUACACCGAAUUUUUGAUUCUUUGGCGCAACUGUACUAAUACCCACCACAUUUUCGGACUCCGAUACAAAUCGAACCACUACAAACUCGUUCGCCCAUCGCUUAACUCUCACUGCCACCACCACCACUCGCCGGAGACCCUCCAAGGAAAAUGGCGACUGUCACAACUCAAGCUUCCGCCGCCGUGUUCCGGCCAUGCGCUUCCAAAUCAAGGUUCCUGACCGGGUCUCCGAGCAGACUUACCAGAGAAGUGGCCAUUAAACCAGUGGCUGCUUCGGCCUCCUCUUCUUUGAAAGUGGAAGCCAAGAAAGGCGAAUGGUUGCCCGGUCUCUCUUCUCCGGCUUACCUCACCGGAAGUCUGCCGGGUGACAAUGGGUUCGACCCGCUGGCUCUGGCGGAGGACCCAGAAAACCUGAAAUGGUUCGUGCAGGCAGAGCUGGUGAACGGGCGAUGGGCGAUGUUGGGAGUCGCCGGGAUGCUGCUGCCGGAGGUGUUCACCAAGAUCGGAAUCAUCAACGUCCCCGAAUGGUACGACGCUGGGAAGCAGGAGUACUUCGCAUCGUCCUCGACUCUGUUCGUGAUCGAGUUCAUCCUGUUCCAUUACGUGGAGAUCAGAAGGUGGCAGGACAUCAAGAACCCCGGUAGCGUGAAUCAGGACCCGAUCUUCAAGCAGUACAGCUUGCCUCCAAAUGAAGUCGGGUACCCGGGUGGGAUCUUCAACCCGCUCAACUUCGCGCCCACUCAGGAAGCCAAGGAGAAAGAGCUUGCCAACGGGAGAUUGGCAAUGUUGGCAUUCCUGGGAUUUGUGAUCCAACACAAUGUGACCGGGAAAGGGCCGUUUGAGAACUUGUUGCAGCACUUGUCCGAUCCAUGGCACAACACCAUUGUACAAACAUUGAGUGGCAACUAGAUUUAAUCUGGGUUAUUAAUAUUCCGUCAGCCUCCUUUUUUGGGUACUCUCUGUGGAACUGGCUCUCUUGGUUUGUGAGAGGAAAAGUGUUUUGAUCUUUGGUGUGGUGGUGUAUGGCAACUGCAAGAGAAAACCUUUAAUGUACAGGGCAAGUAACAACCAAGGAAAGAUGGUGGCGACCAGACCACAUUCGUUUCUGAAUUCUCACUUUACUUUCCAGUACUUAUUACUGUUCUCACUGGUCCCUAUCAUCAUCCUAGUGGCUAUGAGACUUUAACUCUUCGAAAAAUGGAAGAUCUCUCUGUUAACUUUAGGAGCAGGGAAAAGCCCCUAGAGAUUACAAUGUAACGGGAAAUUGAAAACGCUAUUGGAACUGCAACUGGAGCUCCCACUAUGAUAAAAUAGCUAGGGUUGCUGGAAAUUGAAAGGAAUUGGGAAAUUUAGGGUUUAUGGUAGUUUAGAUGGAGGAAGAACCGUCACACCAGUCGGUGAUAAGGUUCGGGGCAAUGCGCCACAACCAAGGGUUGAUAAGUCUAAGAAAUCACAAGGAAAUAU